AUGUGACCUUCACAAUCACGUGACCACAGGGACUUCACAUGGCUAGGAAGUUGUAUCUACCAGAGCCUGAGUGCCUGCAGCUAAAGGACGAUAAGGAUGACACCCCUUUUGAUGUCAUGGAGGUGUGUGCCAUGCUGCAGGUCGGGCCUUUCAUGGUGUGUGACUCGAACGAUAACUCAGACGGUAUUGCGUGGAGUCCACAAAAAGAACAAGAAGAAACUUAUCAACCAUAGCCCUGCUGCCUCCUGGGAAGAAAGACUCUCUGACGUGUGUACACCAUUGUGGAGAAUGGAAUACAAAGAACAACUCAAGCACAAGUUGGAAGCUCUGCAGACGGUACUACGUGAUCUGUGCCUGAGAGUGAAAGAGCGAGGAGGCCAGCUCCCAGAUUAUAAUGGUCUAUUUUGCCCACUGCAGGACGUUCUACCUUCACCUGUCAUUAAUGGAUACCGCAAUAAAUCCACUUUCUCCGUGAACCUGGGGCCAAAUGGAGAUCCGAAAACUGUGGGGAAUUAUGUUGGAAACGAAAGGGACAGAAGCAUUGUUUGUGUGCGGACAGACCAUCUUCUCAACAUUCCCGUGAAACACAAGCUUGUUGCAAAGUGUUACGAAGAUUACAUUCGACAGUCCCCACUGCCUCCCUGUCUUCACUUUCGUGAUGGAGGUCACUGGCAUGAAAUCAUUGUCCGCACAAACAGCAAUGGGGACAUUAUGGCUAUAUUCACCUUUUACACAAAGGAUCUUCCACAGGAUGAAGUUCUUUCUCAUAUUCUAUCCCUUAAAGAGUAUUUUACACAUGGGCCUGGAUCUGUCUGCAACCUCACUUCUUUAUACUGUCAACAAAAAAAUCCUGCAACAAAUCAGAUCUCACCACCACUUCUGCUGCAUGGAUCCCCACAUCUUACCGAGAGAGUUUUGGGCCUUGAUCUUCGUGUCUCCCCCACCACUUUCCUCCAGAUAAACACACCAGGAGCAGAGCUUCUAUACACUGCCUUGGGAAAUCUGGUUAAAAAUCGCUCAAAAAGUAUACUGUUUGAUGUUUGUUGUGGAACUGGUGUGAUUGGCUUGUCCCUGGCAGGGCAGUUUCAAGAGGUAGUUGGAAUAGAACUGGUGGACGAUGCUGUAUGUGAUGCUCAGUGGAACAUGACUUUCAAUGGGGUAGAAAAUUGCCAGUUCCUUGUGGGAAGGGCAGAAAAACUUUUGCUGAAGCUUCUGUCAGAAAGAAAUAAUACAGAGCAUGUGGUGGCUGUGGUUAAUCCUCCUCGCGCUGGACUUCACCCCCAUGUUGUUCGAGCACUCAGAAACUGUGAAAAUGUCCGCACCUUGAUAUUUGUUACUUGCAAACCUGAGGGAGAGGCUGGAAGAAAUUUAACAGAAUUGUGUUGUGCAAAGUCUUCAGAGCAGAAGAUUCUGGGAGAGUCAUUUGUCCCACAAGAAGCUGUGGCAGUGGACCUGUUUCCUCACACUACACACUGUGAGCUUGCCCUGCUCCUUACCCGAUGACAUUGUGGUAUACGAUCAAAAAUCAGUGAUAUACUAUAAACUGGACAUUCUGACAGCUAUCAAAGCAUUUACAACAUGUGACUAGAGUUCCCCAACCAGUAAGGAAGUGUGCUUGCAUUGUUCUGAUUUCUUAGAGGUCUUGUUAAAGACGAGAGACAAUGAAUGAUUACAUUGUAUAACUUUUUGUUAUGUUUCUCCUAAUAA